CAUUCUCCUCCAUCCUCUUAGUUGAAUGACAAAAGUGGGCAGUUCAAGAUUUCAUAUUUGCCCUCACUGUCUCAAACUCUCUCUUUUCUUCCUCUCCUUUGCAGCCGGUCGGACGUACGCGUCCCAUACCUGCAUAGAGUUCCCAGUAUUCUUGGGUACAGUAUUGAACGUCGCAAUAUCCCGCGCGCACUGCACCAAGUGAGGGAGCCGAUGCCGAAAAGACUUCCCAUCCUUUCAACCCCCAAAAUAUUAGAAAAUCCAGGAUUGGACAACCAUUAAUCGAAAUGUUUGUCGAAAUAAUGCGACCAGUAAGGUUCCUCCCCCUUCUGUGCACAGUUUGCCACCUGACCAUGGCUUUCCCCGCCCAAACAGGAUACUCAGAAGACGACAAGCGUCAACUCCAGGUCACCAUCUCCAAGACAACCCCCAUCUCCACUGCACACCUGGGGGGCUCCAUCACAAUCACCUGCCUGGUGUCCCUGUCACCUGGGCCCCCCUCAUCCUCCUCGCCCCCGAUCCCACCCCGGGUCAAGUGGAGCGUGUUGCAUGAGGGGGAGCAGGAGGAGACAGAGAUCCUGGUGGCGCGGGGUCAAAGGGUGAAGGUCAAUGAGGCCUACAGAGAACGAGCCUCCCUGGUCAACUUUGCAGACUCGCCUGAGGACCUCUCCCUCUGGUUGGGGGAGCUGCGCUCAAGCGACACGGGGCACUACCGCUGCGAGGUGCAGCAAGGCCUGGACGAUGCCAGUGAUUUCACACAGAUAAAAGUCAAAGGUGUGGUCUUCCACUACAGACACGCCUCUGGCCGAUAUGCGUUUUCGUUCAGUGAGGCCCAGAGGUCGUGCGAGGGCAUUGGGGCACACAUCGCCACUCCUGACCAGCUUCUGGCAGCCUAUUACGAUGGCUAUGAGCAGUGUGACGCCGGCUGGCUCGCUGACCAAUCUGUCAGAUAUCCAAUCCAAGUUCCCCGGGAAGGUUGCUAUGGUGACAUGGAUGGCCGCCCGGGAUUGAGGAACUAUGGGACGCUGGAAUCAGAGGAGCUGUUUGAUGUGUAUUGUUAUGUGGAGCAUAUUGAGGGGGAGGUGUUCUAUGGCUCUGCCCCUCAGCAGCUGUCAUUGGACGAGGCUCGGGCUUACUGCGAGAAGGAAGGGGCAGAGCUGGCUACCACAGGGCAGCUGUACGUGGCGUGGAGCAAGGGUUUGGACAGCUGCAACCCUGGCUGGUUGUCUGAUGGCAGUGUGCGGUACCCCAUCAUCAUCCCUAGGGAGCGCUGUGGAGGGCCUCAGGCAGGGGUCAAGACCCUCUAUCGCUACAGCAACCAGACAGGCUUCCCUGAAUCAUCCAGCCGCCAUGAUGUUUACUGUUUCAGAGGUGUUGGGAAUCCUCACACUGAUGCCCCCAUGGACUACAUGGCCACUGAGCCAGAGGACAUCGGACAAGAUAUUGUCAUUCUUAUGGAGCCUGCUGAGGAGCUCUAUCUGAGCCAGGAUAGCAAGCAAGUGGAGCGAGAGGCCCAGAGUGUCCUGGGAUCCCUCCCCGUCUUCCAGUCGGCUCCUGCUCAGGAGGAUCUGCAGGGGACUCCCCCUACUGCCCUGUCAAGCACAGAGGUCCCCCUCACCCAUACAGCCUCUUCCCAGGACCUUCUCCAGCCCUUUGAUGAGACUUCACUUCCUGUAGAGGAAAACUACCACUCCCAGCAUGCUACUUCACUACCCAACACCUCCAGUGAGCCAGACUCCCUCCACGAAGGAGACUAUCACUCCCAGCAUUCUACUUCACUACCCAGCACCUCCAGUGAGCCAGAAUCUCUUCACGAAAGAGACUAUCACUCCCAGAAUUAUAUUUCCAUACCCAGCACCUCCAGUGUGCCAGACUCCCUCCAUGAAGGAGACUAUCACUCCCAGAAUUAUAUUUCCAUACCCAGCACCUCCAGUGAGCCAGACUCCCUCCACGAAAGAGACUAUCACUCCCAGAAUUCUAGUUCACUACCCAGCACCUCCAGUAAGCGAAGGAGACUACACUCCCAGAAUUCCUCCUACCCAGAACCUCCAGUGAGAGUCUCCCUCCAUGAAGGAGACAAUCACUCCCAGAAUUCUACUUCACUACCUAACACCUCCAGUGAGCCAGACUCCCUCCAAGAAGGAGACUAUCACUCCCAGAAUUCUACUUCACUACCCAGCACCUCCAGUGAGCCAGACUCCCUCCACGAAGGAGACUAUCACUCCCAGAAUUCUACUUCACUACCCAGCACCUCCAGUAAGCCAGACUCCCUCCACGAAGGAGACUAUCACUCCCAGAAUUCUACUUCACUACCCAGCACCUCCAGUGAGCCAGUCUCCUUCCACGAAGGAGACAAUCACUCCCAGAAUACUACUUCACUACCUAACACCUCCAGUGAGCCAGACUCCCUCCACGAAGGAGACUAUCACUCCCAGAAUUCUACUUCACUACCCAGCACCUCCAGUGAGCCAGACUCCCUCCACGAAGGAGACUAUCAUUCCCAGAAUUCUACUUCACUACCCAGCACCUCCAGUGAGCCAGACUCCCUCCACGAAGGAGACUAUCACUCACACAAGUCUACUUCACUACCCAACACCUCCAGUGAGCCAGACUCCCUCCACGAAGGAGACGAUCACUCACAAAAUUCUACUUCACUACCCAGAACCUCUAGUGUUCUAGACUCUCUCCACGAAGGCAAUUCCAGUCUCUACCAGCUAGCGCUGAAAACAACCCCAGAAUUCCCUGAGCCAUCCUACGAGCCACACAGACAUUAUCAGCCGAUGCCAGAGAUGAACCCGGAAGAAACAGACUACCAACAGUCAGGAUCUUCCAAGCACUUCCAGCCAAUGCCAGAGACCAAUCUCGAGUUGGAUCAAGUGGAAGCCAACUACAGCACAACAGGAGGUAACCAGAGUCAUCGGGAGAAUACAAAAGAGACUACCACAAUGGCCUUUGAACCCAUAGAGAAUGUUACCGAGGCACGUGACCAUGCCGCAGAGAGAAGACACAAAGAGGUGAUCGUGGGAGAGCCUGAAGAGACAUCCAUCUCUACCAAGUCCCCGGGAGAGCUUGAUCCCCGCCCAGCAUGGUCUACCCUCUCCCCCCACGCAAAGGCAACCUCAGUGUGGUCGCCCCUGGAUGGAUCUGGAGAUGUGUCCCAAGAGAUAGAACUAGUUGUCCACCAGGGAAUCAACACAGACAGAUUCCCCUCCACCUCCUCCUCCUCCUCCUCCUCCUCCUUCACCACUCACAUGUCUGCCUCCCCUGGAGCCACCAGCAUUCCCAGUGAGGAGCAGACAGGAGUUACGCAUUCAAGCAGCAUCUUAUCUGGACUGGAUCAUUCAGAGGAGCUAGGACUGGAUGUGUACUCCACAGUAGGCCAUCCAAAAGUAACCUCGCAGGGAACUUCCUCCGCUAGGCUGGAGGGCAGCACCAGUCUAGAUUUUGAGGGUAUCGUCAUUCCAGAGAGAUUGGUACCUUCUAGAGAAGUAGAGCUGGCACCAGGGGAGUCUGAUGAGGAGCACCUGGGGUCUGGAGAGGGCAUAGCCACUACCGAGUCUCCAGACCUCUCCACCACCUCCCAGCUGCCCGUCGAGUUUACCACUCUGGGCUAUCAAACAACGACCAUGUCCAGAAUAGAGAUGGAUCCCACAACCACGGACCCUGAAGAAGACGGAAGUGGACAUGAGCCAAGCACUGAUGAACCAUCCCUGGGAGAAAAAGUGACCUUCUUCCCCCUUGAGUCGCAAACAUCCAGCUGGGAUCUGCACCGCACCACCUCUGCACCCCAAGAGUCUCAGGAAGAGCCUGAAUACAGCGGGGAACCCCUUUCCACCUCUUCCCAGACAGAUCUUCCAGACUCCUCAGAAGAACCUGAUCUGUUUGGGUCAGACUCCUUGUCCAUCUCAAGUACGGAUCCCACCGCAGCCACCAUGUCCACAUCCACCAUGUACACCUCCACAGAGUGGGCCACACCGACCUGGAGCCCCACCACCUCCACGACACAAGGUCCCCCAGAAACAUCUAAGCCGGAGAGGGUGACGGCUCUUAUGCCCCCCGUGGAUCAGGGCCGGUUGGAUCUGGAAUUCGGCCUCACCCAGCCACCCACCCUGCUCAUGUUGCCCAAUGAGAGGGCUGCCGUGGGCAGUGCCAGGAAGAUUUCAGAUGCCUGUCUGGAGGACCUCUGUGCCAACGGCGGCACCUGCGUUGAGAUGGGCGGGAGCACCAAAUGCCUCUGUUUGCCCAGCUAUGGAGGUGACCUCUGUCAGACAGAUCUGGAGCAGUGUGAGGUGGGCUGGCAGAAGUUCCACGGGAACUGCUACAAGCACUUCAACCAGCGGCUGAGCUGGGAGGUGGCAGAGCAGCACUGUCGCAUGGUGGGGGGCCACCUGGCAUCAAUCAUGACACCCGAAGAGAAGGACUUCAUUAACAAUAACUUUAAGGAGUAUCAGUGGACUGGACUAAACGACAAGACCAUCGAGGGGGAUUUCCACUGGUCUGAUGGCAACCCACUGCUCUAUGAGAACUGGUACAGGGGCCAGCCUGACAGUUACUUCCUGUCUGGAGAGGACUGUGUGGUGAUGGUAUGGCAUGAUUCUGGGCACUGGAGUGACGUGCCCUGCAACUACCACCUGGCCUACACCUGCAAGAAAGGCACCUCUUCAUGUGGCCCUCCUCCCAAAGUCCGAAACGCACUCGCGUUUGGCAAAAUUCGCCAGAGGUACGAGACGGGCGCCGUUGUGCGCUACUACUGUGCCCAGGGCUUCCAGCAGAGACGAAACCCUCUGGUCGUGUGCCUGCCGGGUGGCAAGUGGGAGGAGCCCCAGAUCCUCUGCAUCCCUGGGGCAGGAAGCACAGCACAGACAGUAGGAGUAACAUCACUAACCACAGGAAGCCAGGAGCUGGCUGAAGAGGAAUCACAAACAACAAAGGAAACGCUUCAAUACUGGGACAUCAAGUGGAACUUUUAAAUGUCAUCCCAUGUCCCGGUACACUUCACCUUUCCUCAUUGACCAGAGAUCUGAAAUGGCCGAACAGGUAAAGGCAAUAGGGUGAUCUUGAAGGAUAGGAGACAGGGAAAGAGUACUGGGACACCGGGUCAGUCAAGCAUAACCUCUUACAUUCCUACUGUCCUCCCCAAAAAAGCACAUCGAUCUGUAUCUGUUGUUGGGAUAGCCUGGGCUUGAAGGUCUCUUGUCUCCCUACAUAGGAUGCAAUGAAUUGCAAUAGUGUCCUAGAACGCUAUAAUACAGAACCCAGAACAUGUUCUGUGAAAAGCCUAUCACUGAGGCAUAUCUAUAAUCAGUAACUCCUUGUCCGUUCAUCCAGAUUGUAUAAUGUGUGGAUCUGUAAAGAAACGUUUCUCCAAACCUUUUCUCCAAACCGGCACAUAACCCCAGGCGUGGUAGACAGGCAGUGGUAGGAUAUGCAGUAGCUCGUCUUGAGCACUGUCUAUCACAGGUGAAGUCUGGUGCCGGUUUGGUUCAGACGGUUUCUUUAAAGAUAUCCACACAUUGGACAAUCCAGAAGGAUGGACAAGGAGGUAUGGAUAGUAGAUGUGAAUUCAGUAAAAGGAUUACUGGAAACCUAUGGACUUUUCGCCAGAUAUGUUCCGGACUCCGUAGCUAUCUAGGAUGCCAUUGCAUUCAAUGUGCGGGGUCAUCUGUAAGCCCAGGUCUCUUGUUGGUUUUAAACAGGCCUCAGCAGGCUAAUGGUGUUCAGCGCUCUCAUCUCCGCAAUUUAUCAUGUCAGUUCUCAAUCAUUGUUUAUUGACUAUUAUUGGCAAAUCAACUUUAUAAAUCCACCCAUAAUAUUUUCAACAACAGCUGGUCUGUUUGCAAUUCCAUUCAUUCAUUCAUCCAUCAGCUGAGGACUACCUGGGGUCUGUUCAGGAGGGUGCAAACGUUACAGGACGUUCAGAUAGAAAUGUAUUGUGUAGAAUAGACAUGAUUGCCCAGCCUGGCCUCAGAGCCGCACAAAAUAUAAUUGUGUAGUUCUGAGCACCUCCAAGAGGUAUGAUCCCUACAGUCUAGCAAUCCAAAGGUUGCAUGUUCGAGUCGCCUCGGGGAUAUCUGUAGCAUUUUAGCUAAUCUUUCCCCUAACCCUUAUUCUAACGUUAACCCAAUUCACCUGCUAUGUAAAUUCACCUAACCUUUGUCAUUUUAGUCCUCCUAACCUUUGUAGUUAGUUCCCGUAACCGCCAACUUAAAUUGUCCCCGUAAUUGUCCUUUGUUGUUACAGUGCAACAAGCAACGUGGUCUCAGACAAAGACUUUGCAAUGCUAUAUGUCCUCCAAGACGUAUGAUACUGUACGUCCUCCAACUCGCAUGAUAUUGUAUGACCACUAUUUUAUUCAACGUAGCGUAAUGUAUCAUCCUGAAUUGAGUGUCACAGAAUUCCGUACAGAUUCACACCAAUUGCCCUGACACCACAUUGGAUUGCCUGUAGACUCGGGACUCGGGAACGACUGUAGUUCUGUUAGUAAUAUUUCUGCCUGCAAUGAUUUGAACUUUUCAUCUUAUUGAGUACACUGCAGGACAGGUGAGUCCUUGUAGGCAUGUCUGGUUGAGUGUCGACUCUGUGGUCCAACGUAACCUGUCCCACACCACUACCCCUAUGUCCUUUAUGAGUCCCCUUCAUAAAACAAAAAGGACGGCAUAGGUGUACGCAAUAUGAUGGAAACUCCACCAAACCUACCAGGGGGCUAGGUGUGGCUAUUACCACAUUGCUGAUACCAAUACAAAUAUUUCAGAUGCACGAGGUGACUUAACAAAAUCUUCGGAAUGGAAGGAAUGGUUGGUUUGGAAUUGGGGCAACAAAAAAAAUCCCUGUGCUCUUAGGAACCCAUAUCAACUCUUGAACUCAGCAUUUAUGUCCAUCUCAACCAUCUCACAAGCAUACGCCUUCUUAGACUUUUGUCAUCAACAGACUUUAUAUGAAACAUGGUGCUAACAUCCUUGCAUAUGAUACCUGCAUGAAGUACGUUAAGAAAUGUUCAUCCUUAAGAAUCAAAAGGACAAGGUUUGUGCAGCAGGAUGUUAGAAAGAUAAAACAACUCCAAACAAGCUUGUUUAUAAAAGUCAAUACCAUUAUCGAAGUAGAAUUUACAUUUCUCACAGUGGUCAUAACUCUUUUGGGGUGAAAGAGGCGAGAGUGAGUGAGUAGCAUGCAAAAGAUUUGACCAUGGAUACGACGCCACUACUGUACUCAUCAAUGAUAUUAAUUUUGUCUCAAAGUAUGUUUUAAUUACUGUCCCCUCUUCCCUCUUAUAGAUGCCCGACAUUUUACUGACACAGUUCUAUGAAAAGCUUUGUGUUGUAAUAAAGUUUUUUUAUAGAAUAAAGCAAGGAUUUAAUGAGUAUUAACCACACAGCCAUUAUCGGAAAUUGUAUUUGUUUGUUCUUUAUUUGCUUUGGUUUUUAUAAGCAUCUUUUACAGUAAUACUGUUCCUUUAUAAACCAACUAAAAUAAAAUUUGAAUGUUU